AUGAAUCGCUUCUCCACUAUGCGCUGCGUGUUCGCGGCUGUGGCCACGCUGCUGCUGCUGUUGCUCACACUCUGCGUGGUAAGCGUCGAGGCCAGCUACUGGUCUAAUGAAGUGAACCGCGUGCGCACCUACACAGCGUUCAACUACAUGGCGCGCAUGGCAAAGCAGCCGAACGUGUCUGCACUGCCGUCUGGGGUCCUGUUUACUAUCGAGCGUCGAGGUUUUGGCGACCGUGCCCCGGCGCCGGAGGACAAAUGCGAGAUGCACUACACAAUCCACCAGCGCUUCCCCGACAUUGUGGAGAGCACACGCCACAACCCCUACCCGGUGUGCCGCUCGCCGUCGCAGCUGAUCCCUGGCAUGGCCGAGGCGAUGCAGCUGAUGCGCGAAGGCGAUCGGUGGCACCUCUACGUGCCCUAUCAGCUCGCCUACGGCGUGGAGGGCUGCAAGGAGAAAAAAGUGGCGCCCAUGUCUAGCGUGCGUGUGGAGAUAGAACUGUACAAGUGCAAGUCGCCCAGUGGUAAGACGAGCACUGAAAUCGACGCGUACCUCGCCCAGUUCGUCAAAUCACCGAUGCCGGUCAAGACAGAGCCUCUCGAUUACGCUGAUUUGUAA